CUUCAAUUUCUAGGGUUUCUAAAUCCAUCCGAUUCGGCACCUUCUCUUUCUUCCUAAACCCUAGCUUGUACACUUUACCAUGGCAGAGCGUGGUGGUGGCGAUCGUGGUGAUCGUGGCUCCUUUGGACGCGGAUUCGGCCGCGGCGGUCCUCGUGGAGGUCGGCGCCGCGCCCCUCGCCGUGACGAAGAGGAAAAAUGGGUUCCCGUCACGAAGCUUGGCCGUCUAGUGAAGGAAGGCAAGAUCAGAAGCCUGGAGCAGAUCUAUCUCCAUUCACUCCCGAUUAAGGAGCACCAGAUCGUUGACCAGUUGGUCGGCCCUGGUUUGAAAGAUGAGGUGAUGAAGAUCAUGCCUGUACAGAAACAGACUCGUGCCGGUCAGAGGACCAGAUUCAAGGCCUUCGUGGUCGUCGGUGACGGAAACGGCCAUGUCGGUCUUGGCGUAAAGUGCAGCAAAGAAGUUGCUACUGCUAUCAGAGGCGCCAUUAUCUUGGCGAAGCUGUCAGUGAUCCCAGUGAGAAGAGGGUAUUGGGGGAACAAGAUCGGGAAGCCACAUACUGUGCCGUGCAAGGUGACUGGGAAAUGUGGGUCAGUCACAGUCAGGAUGGUGCCUGCUCCCAGAGGAACUGGUAUCGUUGCUGCUCGAGUGCCCAAGAAGGUGCUUCAAUUUGCUGGUAUUGAGGAUGUCUUCACUUCCUCCAGGGGAUCGACUAAGACUCUUGGAAACUUCGUCAAGGCUACUUUUGAUUGUUUGUUGAAGACUUAUGGCUUCCUUACACCUGACUUCUGGAGGGAAACUCGCUUCACAAAAUCUCCCUUCCAAGAAUUCUGGGAUGUUUUGGGAAAACCAACUGCCAAGGUACUUCUCACAGAGGCCCUCGAGAGAGAGAGCUGAUGCUUGAAACAAGCCAGGUUCAGGUUCCAGAAAAGUUUUCCCAAGCUCUACAGCAUAGGUUGCUUUAGGUGUUUUUGUUCUCUGCUAAAAAGCCUAGCACAUCAGCUUCCUUUUUGUUAAGUUACUGUUUUGAAUCACUUGGUUUGUGUUUUUUUUUUUUUUUCCUCGUAUGGAUGCUUCAAAAUUAUGUUAUGUUAAAUCUUUUGUUCCAUGAUGAAUCAUAAAGUUUUAUUCUGAGUCUGCCAGUUGUUUCUCUCAAGUUUUUUAUGAUAGAAGAUGUCACUGCUGAUGGUGAUGGUGUCCUCGAGGUGUGGAUACCUGAAUGGUAUUCGGCGCAGACAUGGUGAAAAGCAGGCCUUGGACAGGCCCUUCUCAACUCUUUUUCUUGAUUGCUUCGAAGCUGGUAGUUCA